GUUUGGAACCAAAUCCCAUUCUUGCAUUCAGCAGAUAAGUAGAACGGGACGAUAUAUGUGUUUCGUAUUUAUUUAACCAAAUAGCAUCUUUAACGAUUUAAUUUGCCUAGCAAGCAUAUAUAAUUUUUCGACAGAAAAAUUCGCCUAGCCGUAGGAUCAUGUUUCCAUAGUAACGUCAAUAGCUGGUGUUUCCCUACCACCCGUACCAGUUACGUGUGGUUUUCAAUGGAAACUCGACAUUCAACUCGACAAGCCUCACAAUAAAAUAUCGCGAUGAAACGCAAAGAGAAAAAAGACAGCGCUUUCUUUUAGAAAAACUGUACGGAGAAGCUGGCGUCGAGUGCUCAGCUUUGCUUGAUGUAGAAGUUGUUAUAAAAACCGCCUGCUAAAUAUACCCAUGAACACUGCGAUAACACCUGCCCUUACUCCUUCAAUCUUGGAUGAUCUCAUUUCAUCGAGGAUUGUGUUCUUUCGCGACAGAGAUUUUCCCAUGAGAAAAUAUAAUCCGCGGAGAAAGAAUUGCAAACGCGACACUGUAAUUGUUGUUGGAUCAGAAUUUUUUUGUUUGAGGACGACUGGUGAUGUUAUGUACCUUGGAAGUAAACAAAAGGCCAAUCUCUCCACGAGACGCAAUCCUAAUUUUGUUACAUCAAUUACAACAAAGAACAAGAAUUUUGACAGACUACCGUGUGUAGAGAAAGUACUAAAACAAGCGGCUGGGAAUAACACCAGGGAGUAGCUAUGAAGGGAAAAGAGAGCGUGGCAAAUAAGGAGGCUAAGGAUGUGAGCGAAGGAAGGUGCAAUGGUGACUGGCUUUGGAGUCUCGUCGCACCGUGGUCCCCGCCAGACGGUGACCUGACUACGACUCAUGUCAUCUACCUUGUACUCGUGUUAUUUGGUGCUAUAGGGUCCAGUGUGUUCAGUGUUCCUGCUGUGACCACACUCCUAGGAACUACCCGAGUACACUGCACAUACAAUACGACAUGUUACAUCCCCAAGUACGCUUUUGCGGUGCACAGAAUAGGGUUCGUCAACGCGAGCUUUUUUGCCAUUCUUAUCCUGGUAUUCAGUACAAUGCGUGUUAUAACACGGUCCAGUGUUGAUAUCGGCCUACACACUGGAGUAUGGGUUCCAAAGGCUGUGCUCCUAGCGCUUCUGGGGUACACGGCCUUCGCCACACCCUAUAGCAUCAUAGACACCAUAUAUGGAUGGUUUGAGAUCUUAGCAUGGGUGGUGUUUAGCGCCGUACAGCUCGCGUUUGUGGUAGAUCUGGCCCGAUCGUGCGGACGUUCGUUCACCAGGACCCCACACGACGGUACCUCCAUCGUGCUGAAAUCCUUUACGUGGAUCACUGCCAUAGUAUCAGUGGCCAGCACAGCGCUGUUAUACGCCAUCUACGGCCACGCGUAUCUACAGUCACGUGACACGUGCCCAGUCCACCUCGUCCUCAUCUCCGUGAACCUCUUGCUCUGCAUAACAAUACUCAUGGUCACGUGCGCGAGAACUCGUCAAGCUGGUUCAACGAGUAUUUAUACCGGUUUGUUCCAGGCGGGUUUUCAGUGCUUGUACGUGACGUAUUUGACGUCAUCCGCGUUGAUGCAUGGACGUGCACUGUGCGCUAGAGAUCCUUUCGAGGUGUUCGGAAGCAUCGCUGAGCUAGGUCCGUACAUGCAAGCGCUUGUUGGUGUAGUCUUUAUGUGUAUCAUCUUGAGCUAUGCUUUCCUACGUAACCCGAACAGAGAGCAUCUAACAUUCAACGACAAGGUUAUAGCAAACGAGAUAAACUCCCAGACUCCGGAGCAAAAGGACGCGCAUUCAUACAGCUGGCCUCUAGCUCAGGUGGUCUUACUAACAGCAUCCUUUUACGCAUGCGCAACAUUUGUACGACCUGACCAAAUAGACAAGCGCAGUAGCCAGCCAAUAUCAUGGGUGUUCCUAGCCGUCAAAAGUAUCACGAGCGUUUUUACUGCGGUGGUUUACCUGUGGAUAAUAAUUGCACCAAUAGUAAGUCCCGAUAGCGAGUCACGUGACUUUAUGAAGAUCUUAAUCUCCUUGGUGAGGUUCUUCAUCAAGAUUUUAUACAAGUUGUUUUUCGAGGCCUGUCCCGGGCUUAACCAGUCAACCUCUACCCGGUUUGUGUAUACGUUUUUCUUCCUUUGCGGAACGAUCGCGUCUUCGUUUAUGUACCUUCCCUCCGUGAGGCAAGCGCUGGGGCACAACCGCUUCUUCUGUAGUAAAAUCAGUCGCCUUGGCAACUGCAUGAGCCAUGAUCCAGGAUACCUUGCGGUCUAUCGCAUCUGUCUCACCAUGGCGACGUUCUAUAUUCUGUUCGCGGUGGUCUUAUAUAAUGUGAGAACUUACGCAGAUCCCCGCGCGCUUAUUCAGAACGGUCUGUGGGUCGUCAAGUUUGGGUUAUUCUUCGGGCUUCUCGUUUGUACAUUUUUCAUCCCGUUGGAGUUCAGCAGAGUAUGGACGUACGUUGGAUUGUUAGGGACCUUCUUCUUUAUUGUCAUGCAGAUGAUUCUCCUCGUGGACUUCACGCGCGUGUGGAACGCGAGCUUCGCACGCAGAACCGAGAGAACCGGGAAACGCAUAUGGUUUCACAUCCUAGUCUUCACGACGGUCACCCUUUAUGUAAUCUCCGGCGCAUCUGUCGUGUGUUUUUAUAUGUUUUUCGUCGGAAGCAUAGGAAGGUGUCGUACAAAUAAGACGUUUAUCACGAUGAACUUGGUGCUCUGUGGGAUAGCAUCCCUGGUGAGCAUACACCCAGUAGCUGCCGACACGGGUCUCUUACAAGCCGCGACGGUGACCUUCUUUACGAUGUAUCUCACUUUAUCAGGACUCUCGUAUAACCCCAACGAGAAGUGCAACCCUGCGGCCUCGUUUAUCUCCGAAGCUGACAUGAGACCAAACGUGAGCGUCCAGGCAGUCCUGGAUCUUAUUCUUACCAUAGUUUUCCUGGUAUAUUUUAGCUGUAGAGUAGAAUCCUUGACGGACAACCUCCAGAAACUAGUUGCGGCCACUUUUCAGCUCCUUGCAGGCUUGAGAAAUAAGGAGCCAGCGACUGACCAGGAAGAACGUGUUAACGAUGUCCAGGAAAUGAAGGCAACGCAAGAGUACACCUCAACAGAUGGAGACACGAGUGUAGACAAGUCGGGAGGAGCAGAAUCCUUGACGUCAACUCCAGGCGCGAGGGAAUAUGACGGGCAAGGAAAACAAACAAAACAUAGGUCUGGACAAACUAAUACCAGAAUAAGCUCAACGACAGAUUUAAAUGAGGCUGUAAAACCACAAUCAGGAUCUUCGCAAGAAGACGAAGAAGCCUUCCUUCUUGAAGACGGUGUAGAUUCCAGGAAAAACCAAGUGCCAUAUAGCUACACGUUUUAUCACAUGGUAUACUUCCUAGGGAGCUUGCACGUGACAAUGGUGUUGACUAACUGGUACACGCCCAAGAACGGCUCCGAGUUUAAACUGAUGAUAAACUGGGCGGCGAUGUGCAUCAAGCUCACCGCUAGCUCCAUGUGCGUCUUGUUAUAUAUAUGGAGCAUUGUGGUGCCUAUCAUGAUGCAUAAGCCAGAAGAAAACAACGUGGACCAGUGAGCUGAGAGUGGCUGCCAUUUGGAUGUUCAGGGGUGAGAUGUGAGAGUGGUUGUGUGUUAAAAUAUACAGCAGACAGUUAGGAUGUCUGUUAGGGUGUAUAAGGGUGAGAUGUGAGAGUGGUUGUGAGUUAAAAUAUAACAGCAGUCGGUUAGGAUGUCUGUUAGGGUGUAUAGGGGCGAGAUGUGAGAGUGGUUGUGUGUUAAAAUAUAACAGCAGUCGGUUAGGAUGUCUGUUAGGAUGUAUAGGGGUGAGAUGUGUGAGUGGAUGUUUAUAUGCGAUUUAUAUACGAUGCAUUAUCUAAACGCGAAGAAAUGGGAAUAAAAGAAUUAAUAGGGA